CUAAAUGAAGUUAAAAAGAUGCGGUCGAAAAUUUUAUCAUUUCAAAGACAAUUUAUCGGUGUGUUUAGUAAAAGAAAGUACUGUAACAGUGUUGACAUGCGCCGUGACGCCCACAUGAACGAAUUGCCUGUGCCUUGUAUACCGUGGGAGCCCUGGUACACGGAGAAGCAGCGAUGGUAUACUAGGUUUUUAACACUCUCUAUAGCUUGGUGGCUUUUUUCAUUUGGCAUGGCGAUAUACACAGACAGCAUUUACCUGAACUGGGGCCCGCCAGGUCAGCCUGGCCCGCCCAGUGACAUGGUAGACGAGUGUGUUGAGGCAGACUAAUCUUUGCAAUAAAACUUAGUCCCUAAAUAUUUUAUUUUAUU